CUCUCGCCGUCUCCCGCUCAUCGCCAUCGUCAUCGCCCACCCGCUUCUCACCUAUCCCUGCUGCCUCUCGUAUUCAACAUGACCAGCAUGAACGAGCCUACUUCAACCACAGCAUCAUCUCCCACUCACCAAUCUCAAGCUGAAGCCAGAGCAACCUCGUCGAUGCCCAAUAUCAACCAGCCCUCGCUCGACCACAGCCCUGACAUCUUCACAAUCAUCUGCUGCAACGAGAGCUUCCAGCUUGCCCUCGAUCACAGCACCAUCUCAACCCUCCUUCGAGUGUGCAAACGAGUUCGCCCUCUCCUGAGCUCCAAGGUGCCUCGCUUCCACAGCUGGUGGCGGAAUGUGGGGCUGUGGCGUCCAAAUGGAUCGCUGCGGUUCGCACUCACACCGAGCGAGCAGAUUGCCCUCUCGCUGCAUUGCGAAUACGAAGGCAUAGCCGACCGAUCCUGGCUUGAUAAUCAAGCCGAUCUGGGCAAUGCUACUGCAUUGUUCUUCUUGGCAUGGAUCCACCAAAUCGAUCUCGACAGCCAGCAGUCUGUGAACAAGCACAAACAGGAGGCCAUCUGCCAGCAAAUCUUCCUCUAUCUGGAGAAUGCAGCCAAAGGUGGCCAUUCAAGGGCCCAGUACGACCUAGCUGGGUUUUAUCUCAACGGAAUUGAAGUCGACAAAGAUCACACCAAGGCCGCGGAGCUAUACCGUGGUCCUGCAGAUCGUGGAAUUCCUCAGGCUCAGGUCGCUCUUGGCCGAUGCUACGAGAUCGGCAAAGGUGUCGAACAAAGCUACGACACGGCCAUUGAGUGGUAUUCCAAGGCCGCAGAUCAAGGCAGCGAAGACGGUCGACUCCACAUCUUUUGGAUCGGAGUGUGCCAUUGGCGUGGCGGGGGAGUAUCGAUGGACCACAAGAAGGCAUUCGAGUGGUACAGCAAAUCGGCCAACCAAGACAACUCAUAUGGGCAGUGGAUUGUUGGUGGGUGCUACUACUUGGGAGAAGGAGUCACCAAGGAUUAUACCAAGGCAGUCGAGUGGUUCCUCAAGUCGGCCGAACAGGGCAAUCGAUACGGACAAAACAACCUCGGCUAUUCCUACCACAAUGGCUAUGGUGUUCCCGAGAAUAUCGACACCGCCAUUUUCUGGUACCGCAAGUCCGCCGACCAGGGUUUAGCUAUUGCCAUCAACAGACUCAAGCAACUCGGCAAGUGGCCCUGAUCCCCGAGUCCCUCCCGAGUCCCACUCCCAAACAACCAACUCGCAACACUAAACAUGCAAGCAGCCAAGCAAACCGCGCCGCCAACACCCACCCCAAACACCAUGA